AUUGCCGGCGCCGCUUCAUUGUCAGGCACAAGGAACUAGACGUGUAUCUGGAGAAAUGCCUUCCGAGAAGGAAGCCAACGAUUGCCUGUCCAACACCUACGGGUCCUUGAGACCAGAGAGGGGGCGCGUGAAUAUAAAACAGCGCGCGGCGUGGCAGCGCCUGUGACCAGUCCACCAAAAGUGCCAGAGCCAUGAGGACCACUCUAGUUUUAUCGAGCCUGCUUGCCCUCUGCCUCCUUGUUCUCGCUGAAGACAAGCCGGCCGAAGAGAAACCAGCUGAAACUACAACAGUAGCAGGAUCUACUAAUGAUGAGAAGAAGGAAGGUGACGAGAAGAUUGAAGGCCGUGGGCUCUUCCUGAGUGGCGGCGGGCUUGGUGGUGGUCUCGGUGGCUGCCCGCCAUGCCCUUGUGGCUAUGGACCAGGCAUUGGUGGAGGAUUCCGUGGAGCAGGCUACGGUUCAGGAUACGGUGCUGGCUACGGCGCUGGCGGUGCUGGCUAUGGAGGGGGUUAUAGCAGCGGCUACCGUGGUGGCUACGGUGGUGGUUCCUACGGUGGUGGCUACGGUGGAGGUAUUCGUCCCGGGCUGGGAAUAGGAGGCGUUAGCUAUGGAGGAGGUGUAGGUCCAGGAUAUGGAGGAGGAGUUGGUCCUGGAAUUGGUAAAGGUGUCAUCGGAGGACCCGUCGGGCCUGUUGGUGGUGCUGGAGUCGGCGUCGGUCCCGGGAUAGGUAAAGGAGUUGGCGGAGUGCCUGUAGGAGGUCCCGUUGGAGGUCCCAUGGGUGGCGCUGUUGGUGUCGGCCCUGGUCUUGGUGGAGCAGUAGUCGGAGGACCCGUCGGAGGACCUGUUGGAGGAGCUAUUGGUGUUGGCCCCGGGGUCGGUGGUGGUGUCGGACCCGGCGUUGGUGUUCCAGUUGGUGGCGCGAUUGCUGGAGGCUAUGGAGGUGGCGUCGGCGGCGGCUACGGAGGCGGCCUCGGUGGCGUCGCUGGGGCUGCUACUUCUGGUUCCGCAUACGAAAGUGCUGGAGGUUUCGCUGACAAGGCGGCUGGGCAGGAAGCUGGUCAAGGAAGUUUUGCCUAUAAUGUUGGCGGCUCGGACAGGAAAGUCUUCGGGCAAAGCUCGUCCUACGGAGACUCCAAGAGCUUCGGUCUGAGCGAGAGCUCGGGAUUCAACCGUGGUGAAGGUCAAGCCAGCCAUGGCAGUGCCUACGGCAAGGAAGCCGCUGGUUCAGGUUCCGUGUCCCACAGUUCUGGAAAGGAGGUGGUUGUCGGCUGAAAGAUUUUCAUAGAUGGCUGUGCGUGCGCUGGUCGCCAACGCCAUUUUUCAUCUGCCCGAUACAGCUCGCAUCGUCUAUCCUGUGCCAUAGUCUUCGAACGUCCGUGCAGUAAUAAGUUACACUUCUCAAGACAACAUCGAGUGAAACCAGUCCGAAGAAUGACAAUGUAAUACAUUUUUUGUAUUCAAAUGGGAGCGCCCAUAUUUGUCAAGCAUCGUGCAAGCAAGUACCAAAAAAGGGGAAAAGGCGAAGGUAUGCUACAGGUAACUUCAAACAAUAAAAAUAUUUUCACAAACAG